UCAUAUCAUGCACGUGAUAUACAAAUCGAUGUGAUUGCGAACCGCCUGACCAGCAGAAGCAGAAACAAAGAAUAAAGCGUUGUACAAGUAGAUCUAACCUUAAUAGAUCUAUUGGAAAUUUCAUGGGCAAGGAACAGAUUAGAUGAGAGGUUGAUUUUGAUAGAUGAGGGUACCAGGGCCAUUCUUACAUCUUAUCUCUUCUCUGUCAUCAGUAUUAUUCCUGUACUUCACAUCAACUUGAUAUACCAGUGAUCCAAAGCCGUGCUAGCUUGAGAGACCAUCAGAUGAUAACUCCCACAAGGUCACAACUGAAAAUUAACAUUUCUUUUGAAUCUUAAAGUUAGAGCACAAGACAAAAACUUUAUUAUUGACAUCAGCCACACAACAGAAGGCUCUAAACUUUGGAUACAUGUUACAAUCCCAGGGCUCUUAUCGACUAGUUCUUGUUGCAGUAACCAAGAAGGGUGUUAGGUUGUUGAGGAGAGGAAUAAAGAAUCAUUCUGAUAAGAUGGCUGAAGGAUCCAGUAUGAGUCAUCGUGAGAAGGAUGGAGAGCUAUUAUAUCCAGUUGUUGACACUUAUGGACCAAUAACAAUACGAGGUAGUGAAUUAGAACCAGGCAAGAAGAAGAAAUGGUGUACUUGUGGCCUUAGCAAAAAAGCCCCUUGGUGUGAUGGUGCUCACAAGAAGACUGGUUUCCGUUCCCUUAAGUGGGAGGUCCCUGAGAAGCCACAGUCAAUCUAUCAGAUAUGUAACUGUAAGUACACCAAGUCUCCUCCUUACUGUGAUGGGACCCACACCAAUCUUCCUGAAGAGGUCUUAGAGAGACAGAAGAACUGUCCUAACAAGCCAAACCAUGAACAAUGUCUCAAGAUGUGCACUGGGUGCGGAAUUAAGGUGGACUUUUGAUGCUGGCUUCACAGACAUAGGGAUAUUUCAUUCUAGCCAUAACUUCUAUUCCAUUGACUACCAACUUUUGAACUUCCUCUAGGCUUUGUGAAGGUACUACCUUGUUCCAAAAGGCAACAAGUUAACAUGUUACAAAUGAAUUCUGUGACUCCCGUAGGGCUUGUACAGGAAAACCAGGUUCCAGUUGGCUACAGUUUGAUCUGUUGUAUACUGAAUUCUGUGAUUCCCCAUGGCUAUGUACAACUACCAACUGGUUUCUAGCAGGCAAUGGGUUAACAUGUUCACUACUGAAUUCUGUGAUUCCAUAGUCUUUGAACAGGGAUAUCUUUCAGUAGGUACAUGUAACAGGUUGACUCAUCGACUCCUGAAUUCUACAUCUCCUAAAGACUUCGUUCCAAUAGACAUCAAUGUACAUUCACCUUUUAAAUUUCUUAUUCUGUUUUCUCAAAGGUUUACAGAGUUGAAUUAGGAUUGAUUAUGUGGCUUGAUAUAGAUAGCUGAGCAUUGACUACAUCAUCUCCUUUCAAAAAUGAUCCCGAGAGGCUAAAUUAAAAUUGAUGAAAUUAUUAUUUUGUAUAUUUGAACAAUACUAACAAAUAACAAAAACUUCACAGAUUUGCACUUCUUUAAUUGUCUGACUUGAUUCUUUAGAUAUUGCACUUUCAUGGUAUUAAAAAUUUUAAAAUACAUUUUUUUUAAAGCCCCAAAACAAAUGCCAGAAUUAAACGCUUAUAUUUUAAAUUUGUUUGUGCUCUCUGAAACUCUUCAGGGAUAGUUUGUGCAAAUGCUGACACAUACUUUAAAACUUAUGCAGAUUAUUAUGACAAAAAAACAAAUAAGUGUGGAACCUUGCUUUAAGGACAAGUCCA